AUUGUAUAUUGAACAUCAGCGGCAAACCAAUGUAAACUGCUGAUGUUUUUCAAGUGUCUGCGCUUACUUUUGGUUAUCAGUGAUUUCCCCACAGCGUCUGGUGUUCGUAGAUUUACGAUGAAAAUUCUAAAUGUUGCUGAAAAAAAUGAUGCUGCUAAAAAUAUUUCUGAGAUUCUGAGUCGCGGAGGAUACCAUAGGAGAGAAGGAAUAUCGAAGUUUAACAAAAUAUACGAGUUCCCUAUGAAUCUCAACAACCAAAGCGUCAUGAUGGUAAUGACGUCUGUGUCAGGCCAUUUGACUAAUUAUGAUUUUCCCUCAAAUUACAAGUCAUGGCAUUCUUGUAACCCAAUGGUGCUCUUCGACGCACCGAUUGUUAAACAAGUUCUCAAAGAUUACGAACCAAUAAAGCAAACAUUACAGCGUGAAGUGAGAAGCUGUCAAAAGUUAAUUAUAUGGACUGAUUGCGAUCGUGAGGGUGAAAACAUUGGCGUCGAAGUAAUUGAUGUUUGUAAAGAAGUCAAACCAAAUAUUGAAGUUCUCCGUGCUCGGUUUUCUGAAAUUACACCUGCAGCUGUUCAUCGUGCCGUAAAUGGGCUCACAAAUCCUGAUUAUAAUGCCAGCACAGCUGUUGACGCGCGCCAGGAGCUAGAUUUACGUAUUGGGGCUGCCUUCACACGCUUCCAGACUUUGCGGUUAAGGCGAGUUUUCCCCCAAGCUCUUAGUGACCAGUUGAUCUCGUAUGGAUCUUGUCAGUUCCCAACUCUUGGUUUCGUUGUAGAACGCUUUCGAGAGGUUGACCAGUUUGUUUCUGAACCAUUUUGGCGUAUUGUGGUCACUGUAUCACGCGAUGAGAAAACAACGGAAUUUCAGUGGCAACGUGGACGUCUUUUCGAUCAAGAUUGUUGCAGAGCAUACUAUGAACAUUUACAUCAAAAUCGCUAUGGUCAGAUUGUAGAAGUUAUUAAGCGUCCGAAAACAAAAUGGCGUCCAACUGCCUUGGAUACUGUAGAAUUGGAGAAAUUGGCCUCUCGCAAGUUACAUAUGGGAGCUAGAUAUGCAAUGCAGUUGGCUGAGCGUCUUUACAACAAAGGUUUUAUUUCAUAUCCCCGUACAGAAACUAAAAUAUUCCCACCGGAUUUAGAUCUUAAAAGCUUAGUGCGAGUUCAAAUAAAUGAUUCUCGAUGGUCUGAUUUUGCCUCCAGAAUCCUUGAGCGUGGUCCUAAUCCUAAGAACGGAAAGUCAAGUGAUAAGGCUCAUCCACCUAUACACCCGUUAAAAGUGGGCGAUUCGCUUCAGGGUGAUGAAGCACGUCUCUAUGAAUUGGUGACUAGGCAUUUUCUAGCUUGCCUUUCAACAGACGCAGAAGGUGCUGAAACCGUAGUUCGUUUGUGUAUUGGUAAACCUACUCUUCCAAGAGCAUUUAAUUCAAGUCUAAGUACGGCUAAUUUACUUACUUCAGAAGAUGGGGAAUUAUUUGAAUCCAAAGGUCUUAUGAUCUUGGCUCUGAACUACUUAGAAGUUUACAUUUAUGAUCGGUGGACUGAAAAAGAUAUGCCUGUUUUUCAUUUAGGUGAAUGGAUUUUACCUGAUAAUAUUCAAAUACUUACUGGUCAAACAUGUCCACCGCCUUUGCUUACUGAAGCUGAUCUUAUUUCCCUUAUGGAUCGUCAUGGGAUCGGCACAGACGCUACACACGCUGAACAUAUUGAAACAAUUAAACAAAGACUUUAUGUCGGUUUAGAGCAAAACAAAUUUCUUGUUCCAGGUCAAUUAGGAAUGGGAUUAGUGGAAGGUUAUGAUUCCAUGGGUUUCGAAAUGUCUAAACCUAAUUUACGAUCGGAAUUUGAAGCUGACCUUAAGUUAAUAUGUGAAGGUCGAAAAACAAAGGAAGAAGUAUUACAUCAUCAUUUGAACAAGUACAAAGAAUUAUUUCGUUUAGCUCUAAACCAGGCAUCAUUCCUAGACAGGGCAUUAGCUCUUCGAUUGGAACAAGAAGCAGAAAAUGUUCAAAAUAUAUCUGGUAGUAUUGGUGAGAUGGCCUCACUUGCUGCUGCCAAUAACACUACUGAUGGACAUAAUCAAAGCAACGUUUUAAAUCCGGUUGUUGCAUUUUGCCCUACUUGUCAUUCUGGUCUAGUACUUCGUCAAAAACGGAGUGCUUUACGUCCGUUAACAACUGGUUCAAAUCUUUCAAAUAAUUCUGGUUCAAAUGAAGUAAAUCAAACAAGUAAUGGUGGCUGGUUUCUCUCAUGUUCUGGCUAUCCUAAUUGUCGAUAUGCAAUUUGGUUUCCAGAUUCAGUCAUUCAUGUUCGUGUUUUAUCUGAAUCGAAUGAAAAUACGUGCAAUCGUUGUACAAACUUCAUAACUUCCUCAUCUGUACGUUCUUCUAAUGAUCAGUUAAGGCCGUCGAAAUUAGGCUUACGUUUUCGACGCAAUUUUUACUUGCCAAAUGGUUACUUUCAGGAUGAUGAUACUAAAGAACUCUGGAAUAACCUACCACAACAUAUCCGUACGAUAAAAUCGCUCCCAUUAUUUGUUCGUUGCAUCGAUGCACACUGCUCCUCUGAAAACGCAUUGAAUGUUCUAGCACCUGUAAGUGUAUCUCAUUCCACAAGUGAUAUUAUAGGAACUUUAAGUGUUUAGCCAUUUUUAUUAGUGCAUUCCAUAAAUAAAACCACCUACUUGCUGUCACCGUGCCUAGCAAGUUUAACUAAUUUGAAUAAAAUCAACAGUAUAUUACUGUGUCACAUGAUAUACGCAUUUUGGUAAUUACUGCUUUGUUGUUCUGUGCUCUCUGUUUUUGUUUUAAUUUCUCUGGUUGUAGAUAAUUAUCAUUAAUUCGAUUUGGCACACGAAAUGACCUUAAUUACUCCGUUCAUAAAACAACAGGCUGUCCAUUUAAGAAAAAUUAAGUUUCCGGCUGAUGCAUUGGAUCGCUGUAAUACAUGUACUACCUAAACAAUUACUGAACUAGUAUACUUAAAACUUCUAUCACAUGUUCGUUCUGUACAUAUAAUGAUACUAUUUAUACCAAAUUGAUCAUGCCUGUAAACUGGCGUGAAUUCCGUAAUUAAUUAAUUAAAUAAUUUAUUAUUAUUAUUUUGCAUUCACGUCAUGUUUCCGAAAAAGAGUUUGGAGUUUACUUGACCAAUACCUUAGAGAUGGAAUGUUAAUAUUUGUCCUUUUUAUUAAUUGUUAUGGCACAGAAUCCGAAAAACAUUUAUCUUGUACACCAACGUCCACGUGAUCGUACUAAUGCCUUUGUUACUAAGUUGAGUUGUACAUACAUAUUAAAAUUGUAUCUAGCCAAUUUUGUCAAAUAUACUGUCACUUAGUCUAUUGGAAAUAUGGCUAACCUGCUCUGGAAUUAGAUUUAACUUACAUAUUAGUCAUUAUUCUUAAUUGAUUUAGUCGACAGUACAAAUCAAAUUCUACUGAUUAGAUAUUGAAUAUGGUCACUUAAACAGAUAACUAUACAUCUUAUUAGAACUUUGUUAACAGGACUAAAUAUAAAUUAAUAAAUUUAUUUUAACUAAUUUGCUAGUCAUCAGUAUGAUCUACUUAUAAACUUCAGAGUCGUACCAAUAUAAUCCUCCCGUUGAGUGCAAUCGAACAAGGUUGUAUUUCAACUGCCAUUCUAUUAAUGUUUUAUAAUUAAAUUCUAACCUGCCAGUUACUCUAGUAUUGUUUUAUUUUUUUAUUUUUCAAAUUCCUGUUAUACAGAUAUAUAACUUGUAUAUUUUGCGAUGAAGAUAUUUGCAGAACAUUAGGAAUUCAUAUUCGUCUAGUGAAUAAUUCAUCCAUCUCUUCACAAACAGCUGUUUCGAAUGAAUUCAACGCUAAUCGAGAUCCUCUUACUUCACAAACACCUAAUUCCUCCUCUCCCCUUCCUUUUUCAUUUUCAUCUACUACAAUUGGUAGUUAUCAUAAUCCCUUCAGUCUAUUGCAUGCGAAACCUUAUUUAAAUCUACAUCCAACAUCUAAUAAUUCAUCCCAUAAUACUCUACCUCGGUCUCCUAAUUUCUCAAGAUCUGUUGACAACGCAGAGGCUGAUGAUUCAGAUAAUAUCUUGUGCAAUUGUGGUCAUUCAGCGAUUCAGUUGACUGUUAAGAAACCAGGCCCAAAUCAAGGUCGUUUGUUUUAUCGUUGUUCUGGAGUAACAGGUAAUUCAUGUGAUUUCUUUUUAUGGAAAUCCCAAACAACUCCAAUAACUAGUGCUCAAUCUAGUCCUUUGUAUUCGAGUACUCAAGUGCCAUUCCGGAAUUUCAUCGACCCAUGCUCUCGUCUUGAAAACGUAUAUGAGAAUGCUAAUUGUGUCAGUAAUACAACCUCUGGCUUAGGUUCUUCAGACUCUAAUUCACCUUGUGUUAUUUGUCGUUGCGGAGAGCCUGCAAAAUUGUAAGUAUUUAGUUAUUGCUUAUGUCAUAUCAGA